CUCUUUUUGAAAGCACAUUAAUUGCAUUACUUCAGACACCUGCUUUGAACACGACAGGACUUAGCAGUGCUACCCAAGCCCCUUUUUCUAGCUUAUCAAAUCUUUCAAACUGAGACCUCUAAAAGCGAUAUGAAUAUAAUAGUUUUCUUUGUUUAGAUAAUGAUUUUAUUAUACAAGAAUUCUGACUGUAUAUUAAUGAACUGGGUGCGUAUACGUCAUAGUGUUCCAGUAGGAAAAAUUGCUUUAAAAAUAGUACACCACCAUCGUUGAUAAAGUCGCCACUGACGCUAGAAAAUCCUUUUGAUGGCCAUUUCCCUGAGCUAAAUACGUAAGUGAAUAUCAACAAACAGUUGUCACGCGUAUUUGUUCACAGAUAUACUUGAUACAAACGAUAAAAUAUACCUAUUACAACAUGCAUCUGGUGUAAACUGAAAUUGCAGCCCGUUGGCCAUGGAGGAGUGUUGGUAUUAUCGCUGAUAAAAUCACCAUUAGCUCUAGAAAAUCCUCCUGAGGCCCAUUGACUGACACUAAAAACCCUAGUGAAUAUAACCAAGUGGUUGUCACUAGUAAUUGUCCUCUGGUCUGCUUGAUAUGAACGAUCAAAGUUCACCAAUUUAACAUUGAGAGUUAUGGGCGCAAGCCAAUGUUUUACCCUAGUCCAAAAUGAGAGCCUCGUUCUGGGUUCAGUAAUCCGGUAACCGACUGUAAGAAUACGCAUAACGAACCUUUCUGAGAUCGCAUUUGGUUUCUGUAUCGUAUAAAUAAACUUAAUUUUGCUUCAGAAAUGAGUUUUAUUGAACCUUUUCGCUAUUACAUCUUUGGAGGACAAGACAAGGUCAUCGGUCAUUCACUGGUCGCCAUUUUCGCGAACGAGGCAACAACUUGCUUCACUUUUCGAACUUAGAACAGAAUUAGACAUAUGAAAGACCCCAAUUUAAUAAUUCAAACUAUAAAUUUUAGACUAAAGUACCAGAACAGAAGCUGCAUAAAUGUAUGCAACAUGAUAAUAGAACGUAGACGACCAAAGCCAGUCUGGAGCUGAAGCAGGAAGGAAGAAAGAAGAAAAAAAAUUAAAAGGAUCUGAAGCAGAUAUAAAGUUGCCACAAAGAUGGAUUCCAUGGCCAAUUUGGAAAAAGUUGCUGAUUUUUUUUAUUGCUUCUACCAUAAUGCCGCCAGUUACAGCCAACCUAGAGGAGACAUGCAAAAAUGCAAAUGUAACGGCACUAAGUGGAAAGGACUUCACCUGUAGCUUUCAACUACCAGUAAGAGAGUCUGUGUUUUCGACUUAUGUCUUGUGGAAUUCCCAGCAACUAUUUCAGCAUGUGCAAAAUUCUGAUGAGCCGAUACAUCGGUUUACCAAUUUUACUGGGCUGAAAGACAGGAGGUACAUGACCAUUCUUGCUGGGCUGAAAGACAGGAUGAACGUGACCAUUCUUAACAAUGGACAUGUAAGCAUGCGAAUAAAGGCUGCAAGACCAGAAGACAGUGGAACGUACACAUUCCAGCAAGUAUUUUCAGACAGGAAGCCUAUAAACACUUCUUUGAAAAUAAAUUUUGUUAAUG